AGCUAUGCCCUCCACAAUUGGAGACAAAACGUACUCGAAAAGUAUCGAACUUCCAGAGACUGAAGUCUUCCGCAAUUUAAAAAAUGCCAAAAGAUUUGCUAUGGAUAUCGGUGGGUCAUUGACCAAAAUUGCCUAUUAUUCGACAGUGCCUUAUCGAAAAGUUCUCUACAACAAAGACCAGAAGACUGUUGACAGUGAAGGUCAGGAAGUCAACCCUAAGUAUGAAGUAUCUCAGGGAGACCGCCUCCACUUUGUCAAGUUUGAAACCAAGUAUAUUGAAGCUUGUCUGGAUUUCCUGCAACAAAAUCUGGUCGCUUCAGCCGAUGUAAUGAAGGAGAAAAAAAUUAAAGUUACUGGCGGUGGUGCGUACAAGUAUGCUGAUCUUCUCCAGGAGAAAUUGGGGCUUACGGUUGACAAGGAAGAGGAGAUGACCUGCCUUAUUGAAGGCUGUAAUUUCCUCUUGAAGAACAUUCACGACGAAGUUUUUAUAUAUCAGCGCCACGCAAACCCUGAAUACCGCUUCCCGAACGUCGAUCCGUGUAUUUUCCCCUAUCUGCUCGUCAAUAUCGGUUCUGGCGUCAGUAUCAUGAAGGUAGAAGCAGAAGAUCGGUAUGAACGAAUUGGUGGGACGGCAACGGGUGGAGGAACCUUCUGGGGCCUGGGAAAGCUACUCACAAAAGCCAAGGGAUUCGACGAGUUGCUGGCGCUGGCCGAAAGAGGCGAUCAUCGCAAAAUAGACAUGCUGGUUAAAGACAUUUACGGAGGCGACUGCACUUCACUGGGCCUUCCAGGCGAUUUGAUCGCGUCCAGUUUCGGCAAGGCGGCGCAAGCUGCUCCUGAAUCGAUCCAAGAAGCUGAUUUGGCCCGCAGUUUACUAUUCGCCAUUUCCAACGAUAUAGGUCAAAUCGCCUCGCUCUACGCCAUGAUGCAUGGAUUGAAGAAAGUAUAUUUCGGGGGCUAUUUUUUACGUAACCACCCCCUGAGCAUGCACACAGUCAGUUUCGCCAUCAACUACUGGAGUCGUGGUGAAGUUCAAGGACUCUUCCUCCGACACGAAGGCUAUUUGGGUGCUAUAGGAGCUUUUCUCAAAGGAGCCGAAGAGUGCGAUGCAGACAAAUAUUCAUGGUCGGAGAAUUAUGCCGGCAGUUCGGGACUGCAAAGUCCUUUACCAGGCCAUACAUUGCCCUCAUUGCCAGUAGCUGUUAGUGUCGACCAGCUAGAGAUGGACCGGAUCGAUCAAGGAGUAUUGGUCUAUUGCCCUUUGCUAGAUCAACCGGCUUCUUACAUACCCGAUAUGGUGGACCUUACCGAAGACGCUGAAGCAAGAAAAUACUGGCUUGAUUGUUUCGAAGAGUCUUUGGACAAGUUUGUGUCCCAAGCCAUUAAGAGCCAACCUCUUUCGGCCGACGCACCUGCUCGUGCUCAAAAAUUCAGGGAAAAGUACAUUAGCAGAUUGCAGUAUCUGAAACAACAUCCUUGCGCAUUUGGAAAUUUAACGGUGAGAAGUUUGCUGGACACUCGCGAACAUUGCCUGAACGAGGUGGAUUUUCCGGAUCCUUAUCUGCAGCAAAAACAAAUGGAGAAUGAAGCGGCGUUAUUGCUUCUAUCUGAUCACCUAGCCGAACUCGAUGCUCUGCCUUGGCGUCAGAAGCACGAAACGGCCGCCACCAACCUAUUGGCCGGCAAUGUUUUCGACUGGGGAGCCAAAGAAGCGGCCGCCCUGAUGCAGACUCCCGGUUUCGGAUUCCAGCAAGCGCUGGCUCAUUUGCAAAAGCGACCCUGGUUUGUCGACCAUGUCGACGAUUGGCUCGUCCGGCUUGAGGAGGGACCUCAUCGUUGUGCGGCUAUUUUUGUCGAUAAUAGCGGCAUGGAUGUCAUCCUCGGCGUUUUGCCAUUUGCCAGAGAAUUGCUGAAUCACGGAACCAAGGUGAUUCUAUGCGCUAAUUCGAAACCGGCGCUUAACGACGUCACUUACAGCGAACUGGUGCUUUUGGUCGAACAAGCGGCGUUGAUCAGCAAAGACCUGGGUCGCGCAUUGGAAGAAGACCGCCUCUGGGUGAUGGAUUCCGGCCAAGCGAGUCCAUGCCUCGAUCUCGGGAGAAUCACCCGAUCACUGGCUGAUGCAAUGAUAGCCAAUCAAGUGGAUCUAGUUGUUAUUGAAGGCAUGGGUCGUGUAAUUCACACCAACCUGCAUGCCAAAUUCAAAUGCGAUGUCCUCAAGGUGGCAGUGAUUAAAAAUCGUUGGCUGGCUAGGCGUUUUGGCGAGGAAGAAGAUACCUUCCCGGUUGUGUUCCAAUUUGAGAGGAAAAUGGUAUUAUGAUCAAAACUCACGAACUAACGUAAAAUUCACGGUUUUUAACAAUAAAAUUCUGCUCGAAAUGGAACCCUGUGAUGUAGGUACUAUAAAACAAUAAAACAUUGCACAAUGAUAAA